UGUAUGGGAGUAGGUAGUUGUUAAAUUCAGUUAAUUGUCAGAUUUACAAAAGUAUUCGAAAACGUCCAAGUAUUUAAGAGAAAUUACAAAUAAAAAUCACUCUUGAUACAGCAAAAUGUUUCGUAGCUCGCUUACUUUUGAUAAAUUAUUAGAUAAAGCAACGAGUCAUUUACAACUUGAACCAGACUGGGUAACAAUACUGCAAAUAUGUGAUUUAAUACGUCAAGGAGAUGUACAACCUAAAGCAGCACUUGCAGCCAUCAAGAAGAAAAUGACAAAUGCAAAUCCACAUGUAGCUUUAUAUGCUCUAUUGGUUUUAGAAUCUUGUGUCAAAAAUUGUGGUACUUUAAUACAUGAUGAAAUUGGUACCAUACAAUAUAUGGAACAACUUAAAGAGUUGGUAAAAACAACAACACACGAAAAUGUUAAACUUAAAACAUUAGAAUUAAUUCAAGCCUGGGCACAUGCAUUUCGAAAUAGUGUUAAAUAUAGGGCAGUACAAGAUACACUUAACAUUAUGAGAACUGAAGGACAUAAAUUUCCUACUUUGAAAGAAAGCGAUGCUAUGUUUAUUGCUGUUACUGCUCCAGCAUGGGCAGAUGGAGAUGUAUGUCAUCGUUGUCGAGUAUCAUUUGGUAUGGUACAAAGAAAACACCAUUGUAGAGCAUGUGGGCAAGUGUUUUGUAGUCAGUGUUCAAGUAAAGUUUCAACACUGCCUAAGUUUGGAAUAGAAAAAGAAGUUAGGGUUUGUGAAGUAUGCUAUGAGCAAGUUAAUAAACCAUCCACAACUCAAAUUAAAGAAGCAGAUUUACCUGCUGAGUAUCUCAAUAGCUCUUUAGCUCAACAACAACAAGUACCUCCUAGAAAAACAGCAGCAGAACUGCAAGAAGAAGAAGAAUUGAAUCUUGCUAUAGCUUUAAGCCAGAGUGAAGCAGAACAUCAAGAAAAAGAAAAAAAACGCGGAAGUCGCGUUGCAAAAGUUAACCCCCCUAGCACACGCGUUGUGAGAACAUCUUCUCCACCACCAUCGCCUCAAGAAGAAACGGAAGUUGAUCCCGAACUUGCAAAGUAUUUGAAUCGCAAACGUUGGGAACUAAGACAAAGUGCAUUAGAAGAACAGGGUUCCAGAGCAGAUGUUACAAGUCCUUCUGCUCCUAAUAUAAGCAGUCCAAUGCCACAAAAAGUUAUAAUUGCGAAACAACAGAAUGGAGAAGUUGACAAUCAGAUGGAAGAAUUUGUUAAUGCUUUGCGUUCGCAAGUUGAAAUUUUUGUUAAUAGAAUGAAGAGUAAUUCCUCCAGAGGCAGAUCAAUUGCUAAUGAUAGUUCUGUACAAACUUUAUUUUUAAAUAUUACAGCUAUGCAUUCAAGAUUAUUGAGAUAUAUUCAAGAACAAGAUGAUAGUAGAGUAUACUACGAAGGUCUUCAAGAUAAAUUAACACAAAUGAAAGAUGCUAGAGCUGCAUUAGAUGCUUUACGAGAAGAACAUAGAGAAAAAUUACGGAGGCAAGCGGAAGAAGCCGAAAGACAAAGGCAAAUGUUGAUGGCUCAAAAAUUGGCAAUUAUGAGGAAGAAAAAGCAAGAAUAUUUGCAAUAUCAACGUCAACUUGCUUUGCAAAAGAUACAGGAACAAGAACGAGAAAUGCAAAUGAGACAAGAACAACAAAAGCAACAAUAUAUUAUGGGUGGCUAUCAAGCUGUUUCUGGCUUUAUUGGACCAUCGCAAGGUUCACCUGUUCGCCAUGUUCAGUAUCAAACACCAGGAACUAACUAUAACCCUAUGUCACCAACAAAUCAAGGAUUCAUUUAUGGACAACCUUCUAUGAAGCAAUAUCCUAUGCAAAGUUAUAAUAUGCCACCAAUGAAUUCUAUGCCUCCCCAUGUAAUGGGCCCAAUAGCAAAUCAAGAACAACAGCCAACUGAUCCAGUUCAAGGACACGAAGCUAUGGGACGAGUUUCUGUUUCUGGGCCAGGCAUGAUGUCUCAAAUUACAAAUCCCAUACCGCAACUUCAGCAGACAGGUGGACACCAAAUGGGACCACCACCACCACCACCGCAACAAGGACCUCCACCAAGCCACAUGACACAAACACAACCAACGCCCGUACAUAUACCACCGCAACAGGGUGCUCCACAAAUCACUCAGCCGGGACCACCAAAUCAAAUGGGUAUGCCUCAGGUACCUCAAAGUCAUAUGGGCCCUUCACCUGCGCAGUUAGGACCUGGAGCGCAUGGUCCACCAGGGCAAAUCGUUGGUUUACCACCGCAAAUGGGACCUCAACAACCAUCAACGAUAUCAGGUCCGCAAGGACCUUCAAUGCAGCCGCAUGUUUCAAAUACGCCUAUUUCAUCUCAAGGAUCGGGAACAAUCCAAAUACCUCCAGGAACCACGGCUGGAACAAUAUUAACAUCAAAUCCACCAAUGCAGGGUCCACAGGGACCUGGUGUACCAACAAUGCAAACAAUGGCUCAGGUUCCAGUAUCUCAAGGACAACAAUUACAAUACCAGCCACCUACAUCUUUACCAACUGCAUCAACUGAAUCUACACAUGUAAAAGAAGAUACAAAACUGGAAACAGCAGAACUAAUUUCCUUUGAUUGAAAAAAUUACGUGAGCAUACAG